GCCCUUUGCAGCUAGUUGGUCACGUGCCUAGCAACGCCGAAUUGGAGAGCAAGCUUUUCUGCAAAACAAAUCGAAUGAGUCUCAUGAGCGUCCUGCGUGUGCAUAUCUGAAAGGCAGUUAUUUUGAAUUCAAGCGUGAAAUACCCUUCCAUCUCUCAAAAUCCAAUACGCUUAGCAUAUAAUUAUAGCAUUUAGCACAUCUUCGAAUCGGAAAAGUCAAUAUUCAGCUGGGAUCGCGGCAAAAAUAUCAGCGUCAAGUCGACCACGAGUUACAGACAUGGCCUCUCCUUCAGCUGAAGAGAGCCAAGAUCUUUCAAUAUUUCCCUCGCUGACCUUCGAUGAUGUCGGCCAAUAUGCAAAAAAAAUGUCUGGAUGCACUAGCACAGCGAAGGCAUACAAGUUUAUGGCAGAACCUGGAUAUCUACACGAGAUUAAAGUGAUACGGGCCAACGACGCGGUGAAAAUUGCAUCGAAAUGUUUUCGUUCGAUGAAGAAGAACGAGCCACCUCAUUCCUUGGAAGUUUCUUCAAGCAUGGCUAAUAAUUCUUUGUCUGGAAGGUGCUCUUGUGUGGCUGGAUCAGGAGGGUAUUGCCAUCAUGUUAUAGGGCUUCUCUAUUAUCUGGCUUUACUUAAACAACUGGGGCAUCGAACUCUGCCAGAUGAUCUAACAUGCACCAGCAUGAAGCAGCGCUGGAGUGUGCCUAGGGGGAAAAAAAUUGAAGCAAAGCAAAUUCAAAAUGUACUUGUGAAGAAGCCUCAGCUAGGCGCAUCCUUCAACAAAUACAUCAAAAGCAACCUGUACUCCCCAUCACCAAUAUAUGGAACAAUGACUAAAGAGCAUUUUAACAGUCUACAGCCAAAGCCUCUGUUUGUAACCAUUGUUCCUUCUGAGCAGGACCUGAGAUCUGUUUCAUUUGUCCCAAGCAAAUUUGGAAAUGUCCCCAAAGGGUGUUUGAUUUCUUAUCAACAAAAAAUGUCUGCAGACUAUUUAGUAAAUGAUUUUACCUGCACUGCAUUUCCAGAUUUACCACUUGAGAGUGCAAAUGAUAGAUUUCAAAAUAAUGUGUCUGUGUGCCUGGAGGCAAACCAGCAAGCCCUAUUUGACUCUCUUUCUGUCACAAGUGAGAUUUCUCUCAGGGUACAAGAAGAAACAAUUACUCAAAGUUUAAGCGAGACUUGGCGUCUUUUGCGAAAGAAGCGGAUAACAGCAAGCAAGUUUGGUACAGUUGCCCGGCGAGUUUCAAAUUUUGAAAACCUUGUAAGUCAGCUGAACCCGGCAAGAUUUGUUCAAACUCCAGCAAUGAAGAGGGGUGUAGAACUUGAACCCCAUGCAGCAACAGUCUAUGCUAAUGUAGCAAAAAAUGGCAGAGUGAAUUUAUUCCCAUCAGGAUUAAUUAUAAAUCCUAAAUGCCCAUGGUUAGGCUGCAGCCCUGACCGGAAAGUUUAUGAUUUGGAUGCCCUUGGUAGUGACCAGAACCCCUUUGGUUUACUGGAGGUUAAAGUUGUUAGGGAGGGGGCAACCUCAUUUGAUGAUGUGAGAUAUCUUACCAAGGAUAAUACUAACCAGUAUUCUUUAAAGAAGAGUGACAUUUAUUAUUACCAAGUCCAGUGCCAGUUGGGCCUCACUGGUCUAGACUGGUGCGAUUUUUUCAGUUACAUGAAUGAUGACAUGUUUGUCUGCACAAGAAUCCUUUUUGAUCCCAUUUUUUUCCAAGGGGCUAAAGAUAAGGUGGACAUUUUUUUUUUCAAUUACUAUCUAAGCUGAUUUGCCUCUAGUCUUUGCUUACUCUCAAGACUGUAUUUGUUAUGAAAAGAUUUAGCUUCAAUAUUCUUUUAACCCAUUCUAUAUUUGCUCUAAUUUGUGUACAACUAUAUUAGAUUUAAAAACUUUUCUAAAAUUGGUGCCAACCAGAUAAUGUCAGGAUGAGGGAUGAGGUGAUGUUGACCCAUGGAAUGCAUGGAGCAUUUUUUUGCAGAAACAGAAAUGUGACCUAACUUUCUUGUUAGUAUUUUUUAGCUCUUUUAGCCAAGGUUUUGUUAUUUACUUGCAUCAUCAUACUCAAAUUCAAGAAUUAAAUAUAUGUGGUAAUCCCCCAAUUAACCAAACUUAAAAGAAAAACACCAAAAAUGUCCAAUAUUAUGUUUAAAGAGCAAUUGAUUCAGAAAUACUAUAUCCAGUAACAGUUGACACCUUAUAAUAACAAUUAAAAUUUACCAAGACUCA